AUGUUUACAGUAACUAUCAGAAAUGGUGUGUAUUCUGUGCGAUGCUGUUUGUUUGUUGAUCUCAUGAAAAGCGGGAAAUUCGAAUGUUUGAUGUUCAAUACAUUUGAAAAUAAAUUCCUCUGCAAGAAAUUGUAUUCUUUGACACAUUUUACUUUGUACCGACAUAUCUCUUCGGGUGAGAAGACUUCUGCUACACGUUGUUCUCAAUUCUAUAAGUAG